UGAUUAGGUUAGGUUAGAUAGAACGAUGCACUAAUAUAAGAAGACCAUGUGUUUUGUCUUUCAUCACCCCGUUCAUUAAUACUUCCUGACAUCCACAACCUUGUUCUUUCCAAACCGUGCAGGACAUGUUUUGGUGCAAUAUAAAACAGUAUGGGCUGAAUCACUGGUAUCAUGUUAAUUUACCUUUGCUUCGUUAUAAAGAAAAGAAAUGUAGCCUGUACUGUGUUCAGCUAGUUUGGGGCUACUUUAUAAGGAAACCACAGUAUUAUUUGGUAAUUCGUCGGAUCGUGACUGUCAGCUGAUUUUCAUUGAAAAUGAGUUUAAAAAUACAAUGUAGAGGUUUCACUGCAAGAUGACUUGGAUUGUUGAACAGGACCGUACUUGGGCAGAAUGGGCUGCCCUGAGGGUUUUACGAGUGGGACCAGUACCCAACCAUCUGGCCAUUAUAAUGGAUGGUAACCGCAGAUUUGCUAGAAAGGAGCACAAGGACACUCUUGCUGGUCAUACACAAGGAUUUCAUAAGCUGACAGAGGUGUUAUGUUGGUGUCGAGAUCUGGGAAUCAAUGAGGUCACAGCUUAUGCCUUCAGCAUAGAAAAUUUUAAACGGUCAAAACAGGAGGUUGAUGGAUUGAUGGAUCUUGCUGCUGAAAAAUUUGCAAAAUUGCUUGAAGAAAAGGAGAAGUUAGCCAAGCAUGGAGUUUGCAUCAGAGUGAUUGGUGAUCUAGACCUUCUUCCUCCACGCAUCAGAAAACUUACAGCAGAGGCCAUACUGGCCACAAGACUUAAUACAAAAUGUUUCCUCAACCUAGCUCUUGCGUACACUUCACGGGAAGAAAUAACCUCUGCCAUGAAUCAGCUUUCACAAGGAGUAGACAAAGGAGAACUUCUGACCAGUGAUAUUUGUGAAGAAUUAUUAGAGAAGUGCCUGCACACUCGAGGUUCACGAGAUCCAGACCUGCUGGUGCGCACCUCUGGAGAGGUCCGUCUGUCUGAUUUCUUGUUGUGGCAGAGUGGUUUUUCCUGCUUAUUCUUCACAAAAGUUCUAUGGCCAGAAUUUACCAUCUGGCAUCUUUUUGGGGCAGUGUUCUAUUACCAAAGACACUACCACACUCUCACUGCUGCACGACAAGAGAGUCUAGCAUUAAGGCAAUGUAUUGUGGAGGAGAGUGACAUUGAGAACUGUCAUGUAAAAUUUGGCGAAAAGGUUUCACAAGAACACAUUUCUGCUUAUACAUCUGCAAGGCAGGAACGAGUUCAGAAUUUCCUCUCAAAUUUACAUAAAAUAAGAAUUGAUAACUUGCAACAAAUAAGUAAUGAAGGAGAAGAUUAAAAUUGGAAGUUAAAUUUAUUGGGCUGCUAUGUGGAAUGUGAUGUUGCUGUACCAAUGUUUUAUCUACAUUUCUAUGAUGUUAAACAGGAUUAUUUAAGGGUAGACCUUGUUGAAUAUUUUACACUUAAUGAAUACAGUAUCUCUCCAAUUGAUUUACUGAUACUGAAGUUUUCCAAGUAAUUGAUGAGUUACACAAAACUAGUGCCUUGUAGAUAUAAGAAAAUGUAGUAUGAAGGAUUAUUGGCAAAACAAAAAAAAAUAUAUAUAUAUACUGUAAAGCUUUGCCAAAAUAUAUAGUAAACUACAUUAAUUGUAUAAUUUGUGAAAUUUUUAGCUCGCAGAUAGCCGAGGUUAAAGAUAUAAUUUUUUCCAACUGGACCAAAGUCAAGGUUUAUAGAAAAGGGUAAAAACUGUUACUAACAUUUAAUUGUGUGCAGUUAAAGUUUUGUUAUUGAUGAUGUUAAUAAAUAUUUAUGAUGGUGA